AUGACGAGACGAGAAGCUGAAGCUUGGUCGGAGAUGGAGGCAGUAGCUAGGAAGAUGGUGGAAGAGGUUGAAACAGAGAGCAGCGGAUCAUCUGAAGCUGAGACUGAGUCUCCAAGAUCUGUCGGACGUUGGGGAGCAGCUCCUACGGUCACGGGGAAGACGGCUAAGGAGCGAGUACACAGCCAGGUUUUGAAGAUCAGGGAGGAAGAUCUCUGUGUUCUCGUGGAAGCCAGAGCUGCGAGUCUAGAGAAUAGACGAUACGUUCAUCAUCCACCUCGUCUCGGUCUGUUCCUGAUCUCGAGGCCGAGUCUGCCAUGUUCACCUCUUAGUGGAAAAGUGAGAUCCGUUAACGCUGUCCAGUGA